GACUGGUGGACAAUUAUGCAAAACACCUACAAGUACUUAUUUCUGCUAAAGCGGUCAGAGUUCGUGAAGUUCGAAAGCAAAAUGGCUGCUGCACCAACGCAAGAGUGGAACAAUGAGAAACUGAGCAGUGAGGAAAUACCAAAAAAAGACGUAAUCAAAUUUCUACAGGACAAUGCAUCACAUUCGUUUCUUGUUGAGCACAAACUCAUGGGAAAUAUCAAGAAUGUUGCGAAGACUGCCAAAAAGGAGCAGCUUAUUGUCGCCUACAACCAGCUGUUUGAGAGCAAGAGGUUUAAAGGCACGGAAGUGGAGCAGGUGACUGAAGAGGUGAAAGCUGUGAAGAUUGAAGAGAAGCCCAAAGAAACAAAGACAGAAGUUGUAGAUGAGGGCCCCCCUAAGUUCACAAAGUCAGUGUUAAAGAAAGGAGACAAGACCAACUUUCCCAAAAAGGGUGACACAGUGGCAUGUUGGUAUACUGGCAUGCUUGAAGAUGGCACUGUUUUCGAUACCAACAUCCCUGCAGGGGCACGGAAAAAGAAGCAGACCAAACCACUUUCCUUUAAAGUCGGGAUGGGCAAAGUUAUCCGAGGGUGGGAUGAGGGACUCCUAAUCAUGAGUAAAGGCGAGACUGCACGUUUGGAAAUUGAGUCAGAUUGGGCCUAUGGUAAAAAGGGUCUUCCUGAUUCUAAAAUUCCACCAAAUGCUAAACUUAUUUUUGAGGUUGAAUUGGUGGCCAUUGAUUAGGAUCACCAAUGUUCACAUCAGCAGAGGAUUCAUCAUUACAGCAGAACUCAAGGUCAUGUUUGUCAACCUUCCUGUUAAACUCAGUAUUCUAAUAUGCUGCAAAAAUACACCUUUAUACUACAGGUGAAAUCAGGACUGAUGUGAUGUUUCACCUUAUUGUGCAUGUUUCUUUUUAUUGUUGCUGAAAUUAAUGAUAAUUAAAAAAAGGUCAGACCUG